UCCCGCAGACAAUUAACAGAAUUGUUGGAUUAGUAGAGACAAUUCGAUACCAUAAUGGAGGAGAUGUUCUUUGACUUUGAACAAGAUCCCACAACGGACUUUGCUUUUUGGGGACAGAUUGACCCAAAUAUUCAAUUCCAGUCACAGCUGGACAACUUAUUAUUUGAUUGCCCGUCAGUCACUGGACAGCUAUCCCCCUGGUCAAACUUUACUUGCCAGUCAAUUUUCCCGGAUGCCCAACUCGCGUUCACCGAUUUAGAGUCCCAGCCAAUGCAAGUAGAAGUUGGUGCUGAAGUGGACAGCUCCCUGACGGAGGCACCUCUCGACAUUAGUAAGCCAAAACAGCGCCGACUCGCACCUCAGAAUCCUUAUAAAGUGCAGAGACACGCCGCGAACAUCAGGGAGAGGAAAAGGAUGCUCAGUAUAAACUCUGCCUUUGAAGAACUCCGUUGUCACGUCCCUACAUUUCCGUAUGAGAAGCGUCUGUCAAAGAUAGACACGCUGAGGCUGGCCAUUGCCUAUAUAGCGCUUCUCAGAGAGAUACUCCUGUCUGGCUGCGAUCCAAAAUCGUACGUAGACGAAUGUCUAAAGAAUGGAUAUAAGAAUCAAACAAAUGCUAUUUGGAAUACGAGCGAUCUGACAGCCCGCCUUUCCUGGAUAAAGUGGGAUUAGGCAUGUCAUGACGUCACUGCCUGUUAACCAGCUGCUAACUUCUCACUGGCACUCUUCUCACUAAACUACAUAAUGUUGACAAUUCUCUUUUUAUUUAAAUUAUUUGCUGUCUGUGCUUUUCAUUGUCUUAUUGACUA